UAAAAACCUCCUCUCUAUCCCUCAGCUCUAUUCAAUCCCCAGCAGCCAUGGCUUCUAAGCUCACUUAUCCCACUACAGUCUUAUCCUCUCUUCCCCGAUUCGCCGGCCUCAGAGCUCAACAGCCAGUAACGGUGACGUUGCCGGCAGGGACGAGGCGGCGAGGAGGGAACGGAGCUCUCUCCGCUCGUUGCGGCUUCAUCGGCUCGCCCACAAACAUAAUAAUGGUGACAAGCACGACUUUGAUGUUGUUCGCCGGCCGGUUCGGUCUGGCGCCGUCGGCGAACCGAGUGGCGACGGCGGGGCUGAAGCUGGAGGCGAGAGAUUCAGGGCUCCAGACCGGAGAUCCGGCGGGGUUCACUUUAGCUGAUACGUUGGCUUGCGGAUCAGUGGGUCACAUUAUAGGAGUAGGAGUUGUGUUGGGAUUGAAGAGUUUGGGUGCUUUGUGAAGAGCAACUGAAUGUUAUGGGUUUCAGUGCGUGUAAAUGUAUUGCAUGAGGUAUAUUAAUGGUGGUUUUUCUUCUUUGUUGUUACCACAAAA